UCUUGUAUACUGUACUUGAGUACACGGCUAGCAGCUUUGUACCCUGUUACUAGGUACAUGUAAUAAAUACAUAGUACCUAACUACGUACAUACAUCUGCACGUCCGCCCUGUCUCGGCAGCCCGAUUCGGAUACAUAUAAAUAACACUUACUGACACAACAUCCUUUGGGCUUUUUUUUAUUAGAUCGCAAACCCGUUCGUCGACAAUCACAAUCGCAACAAUCAUCGCUUGCUCGUGCUGCGAUGAGCAAUCAGAGAUUAAUUUCUAGUUCAACUAUCCCUCGAUCAACGCCAACCUCGCCAGACAAGACAAUCACCACGGAGCCUGAGUCCGAGUCUUCCACUACGACAACGCUCGACACCACACUGGCUACUACUCACAAUGGCGCAUCAUCAUCACCACCUACACCCCCUUCCUUGAAUGACGAGCAUUAUAUCCCAUCUUACCAGAGCACACCCAGCCAGAGGGGCCUCGCACCGCCAACUCUCAAUGCCCUUCCACAUGUUAGUCUCGGUCCAGCCGCGCAUCCAUCUUCGCAUCCCUCGUCUCUAGCUAGUGCGCUCAGGGCCCUGAAUGAAGGGCCCAAUGGAGUUGUUUUUCACGGCGUCCCUAUACUUUCGGCUAACGAUUCUCCGUACACCAAGAGCAUCUCCUCGACUGCGCCGGGUUCGCCACGAAUUCCACCUCUAAGACAGAAUUCGGGUUCCCAGACCCCGCGUGUACGCCCUCAUGCCACAACCCUAAGUAUCCCUGGCAUGACUCGAUCGCUCGUGUCGCCAGAUGGGAGAAUAUCCGAUAGAGAUGUGGCGGCAAAACUCGUCAUUAUUAUGGUUGGCCUCCCAGCUAGAGGCAAAUCCUACAUCACCAAGAAACUUCGAAGAUAUCUCUCUUGGCAACAGCACAAUACCCGGAUAUUCAAUGUCGGCAACCGAAGACGUGUUCACGCCGUGACUUCACCUACCAAGCAUCGAAAAGAGAGCUCCAUGGAUAUGCCAGCACCCAGUGCCACCAUCUUGGUGAAUGGCGUUGAGGCUCCUGAUUCUCCACUGCAAAAGAAGCCGUCCAUUGAUCAAAAUGAUGAUCAAAAGCCCAUGGAUCAAUCAGCAAAAUUUUUCGAUCCCAACAAUGAGCAAGCAUCCAAGAUAAGGGAGGAGAUCGCCAUUGACACUUUGGACGAGUUGUUAGAUUAUUUGAUCAGCGGUGGAGGCUCGGUUGGGAUUCUGGAUGCCACCAACAGCACGAUCCAACGUCGACAGAAACUCUUCGACCAUAUCAAGGCAAGAGAGCCGAUGCUGGGUAUCCUGUUCAUUGAGAGUGUCUGCAAAAACCCCAACCUCCUGGAAGCGAACAUGCGCCUUAAACUUUCUGGUCCUGACUACAAGGAUAAGGACCCUGUCAAGUCACUGGAGGAUUUCAAGGAACGCGUCAAGGCUUACGAGAGUGCAUAUGUACCUCUGGGUGAUUAUGAGGAAGAACAUGAAAUGCAGUACAUCAAGAUGACCGAUGUUGGCAAGAAACUUACACACUUCGGACUGGGGGGUUUCCUCAGUAGUGGCAUUGUGCAUUAUCUAUCGUCCUUCAACUUGUCGCCGAGGCAGAUCUGGCUUACCCGACACGGCCAAUCCAUAGAUAAUCAGCUUGGCAAGAUUGGUGGCAACUCGGAACUGACUAGCCGUGGUCAUUUCUAUAGUCUAUCCCUGUACAGGUUCAUCACGCACAAGCGUAGGGAGUGGCUCGUGGAACAAAAGGAUAAAAUUGCGCGGUCGUCAUUCCCCCCUCUGCCAGGCGAUCGAUCACCCCCGUACCCUGACUUGAAUCGCGAGCUUGACGAGAAGAAUUUCUGUGUCUGGACAUCCAUGUUGACCCGUACCAUACAAACGGCCGAACACUUUGAAGCUGACGAAGACUACGACGUCAAGAAUUGGGAAAUGCUCAACGAGCUUAAUUCAGGCAAGUUCGAGGGCCUCACAUAUGAGGAAAUUGCUCGCGAGCAUGCGGACGAGUAUACCAAACGCCAGAUGGAUAAGCUGCAAUACGUAUACCCCGGAGUCGGAGGCGAAGGCUACCUUCAAAUCAUUAGCCGUCUCCGAGACAUGGUACGCGAGAUGGAGCGAAUCAAGGACCAUGUUCUAAUUAUUGGACACCGAUCCGUAUGCCGCGUCUUGAUGGCAUACUUCAUGGACCUUACCAGAGACGACAUCGCAGACCUGGACAUGCCACUCGGUAUGCUGUACGCCAUCGAGCCCAAGCCGUAUGGCAUCGAAUUUCAUGCGUAUAAAUACAACGAGGCUAAGGGAUGGUUCGACGAAAUUUCCGACUAUAAACCGACUAAGACGAUUGAUCGUGCUGCUUAAGAAAGAAAGACUUACAUGCGCAGAUUUG